AUGUUUGGGCGUGCUCCAAGGAGGAGCAACAACACCAAGUACUAUGAGGUCCUUGGCGUCUCCAAUACCGCAAGCCAGGAUGAGCUUAAAAAGGCAUACCGGAAGGCUGCUAUAAAGAGCCACCCUGACAAGGGUGGAGACCCAGAAAAGUUUAAAGAAUUAUCUCAAGCUUAUGAGGUGCUUAGUGACCCAGAAAAGAGGGAGAUAUAUGAUCAAUAUGGGGAGGAUGGUCUCAAGGAGGGAAUGGGAGGAAGCAGUGAUUACCAUAAUCCAUUUGACAUAUUUGAGCAGUUUUUUGGGGGUGGUGCCUUUGGGGGGAGUAGCUCAAGGGUACGCAGGCAAAAACGUGGUGACGAUGUGGUGCAUUCAUUGAAGGUUUCUUUAGAAGAUGUGUACAAUGGGGCUACCAAGAGACUAUCGUUAUCACGGAAUGUUCUCUGCUCAAAAUGCAAGGGUAAAGGAACCAAGUCUGGAGCACCUGGAACAUGCUACAGAUGUCAUGGUGUAGGAAUGAGGACUAUAACAAGACAGAUAGGAUUAGGCAUGAUCCAACAGAUGAACACUGUUUGCCCUCAAUGUAGAGGGUCAGGUGAAAUCAUAAGUGAAAGGGAUAGGUGCCCAAGCUGCAGAGCCAGCAAAGUUGUUCAGGAGAGGAAGGUUCUUGAGGUUCAUAUUGAGAAAGGAAUGCAGCAUGGCCAAAAGAUUGUGUUCCAGGGUGAAGCUGAUCAAGCUCCUGACACAGUGACAGGAGACAUUGUUUUCGUCUUGCAAGUUAAAGAGCACCCAAGAUUCAAGAGGAGAUAUGAUGACCUGUUCAUCGAGCACACAAUCUCUCUGACAGAGGCUUUAUGUGGAUUCCAGUUCAUUCUGACCCAUCUUGAUGGUAGGCAGCUUCUAAUCAAGUCCAAUCCUGGUGAAAUUAUUAAGCCUGGUCAACACAAGGCCAUAAAUGAUGAGGGUGUGCCCCAGCAUGGUCGGUCCUUCAUGAAGGGCCGUCUCUUUGUGGAAUUCAACGUCGAGUUCCCAGAAUCUGGCGCCCUCUCACCUGACCGAUGCCGGGCACUCGAGAAGGUCCUGCCACAGAGGCCCAGGGCUCAAUUGUCAGACAUGGAGGUGGAUCAGUGCGAGGAGACCAUCAUGCAUGAUGUCAACAUCGAAGAGGAGAUGAGGCGCAGGAAGCACCAAAGGCGGCAGGAAGCCUACAACGAAGACGAGGAUGAUGCUGGUCCGAGGGUACAGUGUGCCCAGCAGUAA